AUGGAGAUGAAUUCUAAUAACGAGGAGAUCCAUGCUAUUGAGGCAGAGCUCCAUACAGAAAUUCUACCUGGCACAGAGAUCAUGAGAGAUGUUGCUUCGCACCAUUUUGUCAAAGAUCGCUCGGGUUCUAAUCGUGUGCUUAUUCCGCAACCUUCAGACGACCCGGCUGACCCUCUCAACUGGUCACUCACAUGGAAAAUGCUAGCCAUCACUGGGGCCAGUAUGACCUCAUUUUUCCAAGGCUUUGGGCCCUUGUCUCUGGCACCUAUGUUCCCAGACUACAUUGAAGCGUUUCACUGCAGCCUAGCAGAUGCUGUGCAGUUCACUGGAGUGUGUAUCUUGGUGCUGGGCUUCAGCAACUUCAUAUGGGUUCCAUUAAGCACUUCCUUUGGCAGGCGACCGGUAUACAUUGCUUCCAACUUGAUUUGCGUGGCCUCGAUGAUAUGGAGAGCCCGUGCGCAGACUUAUGGUAGUUUCAUGGGAGCAUGUGUGCUUAAUGGUAUUGGUGCUGGUCCUGCAGAGUCGAUUCAACCUGCCGUUAUUGCUGAUAUCUUUUUCUUACAUGACAGAGGCAAAUGGAACACUCUGUACUGGGUUGUCUACAUGGGAUCAUUGAUGAUUGGCCCCAUUAUCGGCGGUUCCAUGGCUCUCAACGUCGGGUGGCGUAAUUUCUGGUGGUUCAACGUGGCCCUGGGUGCAGUUGUGCUGAUUUAUAUCAUCUUCUUAUUCCCAGAGACCAAGUGGCACCGUCCUCAUCCCAACGAGAUCAUUGAGGAAACCAAAGCGAACAACGAGAAGAUCGAGAGUUCGGCCAAUUGCAACCAUGCUGAGACCUCCCGGCCUAAUAAUGAUAGCAUCGAAGAACAUGCUACUAACACCGGCAAAGAGGAAGCAACCCCCGAUAGACUUGCCGAUCUAUCAACAAGCGAGACGGCUGAAAGAGAUCCAUAUCUAGGCCGGGGCAAGCCUGCAAAGUGGCAAUUCCGAGUCUUCCAACCCAAUCCACAUCCUUUCAAGGCUAUUCUUCUGGAUCUAUGGAUCCCUUGGAAGCUGUUUGCAUUUCCCAUCGUUCAGUUUGCCAGCUUUGUUGUCUCUUGGAGCUGCUCUUCCUUCCUGACCAUCAAUCUAACUCAAAGCCAAGUACUUGCCGCGCCACCUUACAACUUCUCCACUCAGACCAUCGGGUUCACCAAUUUCGCUAUCUUUGCCGGAGCUCUCAUCGGCCUAGCCACUGGUGGUCCUCUAUCUGACUGGGUGGCUGCUAAGCUCACCGCAAGAAAUAAUGGUGUUCGCGAGCCAGAGAUGAGGUUGCUUGCCAUGAUUCCAUUUGUUCUUAUUAUGUACCUUGGGAACAUCAUCGUCUCGGUUGGAUACGAGAACCAUUGGCCAUGGGAAGUCAUUGUACUUAUUGGAUAUUCUUGCGCAGGUAUCCAAGUUGCGGCCCUCCCCAGCAUUUCAAGCACAUAUGCUGUUGACAGUUAUAAGCCUGUUGCUGGCAGCUUAUUUGUCAGUAUCACAGUUAACAAAAAUGUUUGGGGAUAUGGAUUUAGUAAAUUCAUUACCCCUUGGAGCAUCAAGGCUGGUUUUAUCCCACCUAUCAUGACCAAUGGAAGCUUGGUUUUUCUCUGGUGUCUAUUUGGUGUGGUAUUCUACUACUACGGCAAAACAUUCCGUCGUUGGACUAAGAAUAGUAGUGUCCAUAGCCUGUAG